UUGCAGCACUGCUGAACUUCCAUCUCCUGGAUUCAGUGCUGUGCUCUGAAGCCAUUAUGGCUGGCGCCUCCUACGAGACACUUGAGGGUCACAACAUCGAGAUCGGCUGUGAUGGCGAGAGCCUGACCAUUAACGGUGUCAAGAUGGUGCUGAAGAAGGACAUCGUCACCAGUAAUGGCGUCAUCCACCUCAUUGACCAGGUCCUCAUGCCUGAUUCAGCCAAACAGGUGAUGGAGUUGGUCGGUGCCUCCCAGUCUAUGUAUGGUGACAUGGUGUCUGAACUGGGUCUGGUGUCCCUGAUGAGACCCAAAAUGGAAUACACGCUCCUGGCCCCCUUUAAUGCAGCCUUCAAUGAUGAGGUGAUGGCCAUGGACCAAGAUGAACUACGGGUCAUCCUGGAGAACCACAUCCUGAAGAAGAAGCUGGUCCUGAGCCAGUUGUACAAUGGCCAACGCCUGGAGACCAUUAGUGGCAAAUGGUUGAGAGUUUUCAUCUAUCGCACAGCUGUCUGCAUCGAGAAUGCCUGCAUGGUGAGGGGCAGCAAAGAAGGCAUCAAUGGCGCCCUGCACCUCCUGAGGACCUUCAUCAAGCCAGCUGACAGCAACAUGUUCCAGAUCCUGAGAUCCAGCGGGAAAUUCAAGAUAUUCCUGUCCUUGAUGGAAGCCGCGGGCCUGACUCAGUUGCUGCAGCAGGAGGGCGACCAUACGCUAUUCGCCCCUACUGAUGAUGCCUUCAAGGGGCUGAGCCAACAAGACAUCGCUCUGUUAAAACGUGACGUCAACGCCCUGAGGACCAUCCUUCUGUACCACAUCAGUAACGGCAUCUUCAUUGGUGGAGGCUUAGAGGGCGGAGUCACCAACCUGCUCAAGUCCCUGCAGGGAAAUAAUCUGCGAGUGCUGCUUAACAAUACCAUACAAGUGAAUUCUAUCGAGGUCUCUGAUCCGGAUGUCAUGGCUUCAAACGGAGUAAUUCACUACAUGCAAACUCUCAUUUACCCUGAAGAUUUGCCAGUGGGAAGCCAAGAGCUACAGACCCUUUUAAGGAGAGUUGUCAGACACAUCCAGAUCAAGUAUGUUCCUGGGUACAGAUACAGAGAGAUUCCUCUGACUUUCCUGAAGAGGACUGUCACCCGUGUGAUCCAAGAUCAGAGACCCAGAUACCGUGACAGGACGCGGAACCGCUCUUUCCGUGACGUUUCAGGGGAACCUUCCAUCACCAAGGUUACCAGAGUCAUCGAAGGAGAACCGACCAUCACCAAGGUCACAAGAGUCAUUGAAGGGGAACCAACCAUCACCAAGGUCACAAGAGUCAUUGAAGGGGAACCGACCUUCACCAAGGUCACAAGAGUCAUUGAAGGGGAACCUGCAAUCACAAAAGUUACCAGAGUCAUCCAAGGUACACCCUGAAAUAAAAGUGUGAAGGAGGAAACAGGAGGAGAACGAGGAUGGCCCCGCCUUUCCGGGAGCGCACACACUGAGCAGGACCAUGUGAGGACACCCUCCAGCUAAAUGAGAUAAGAAGCCAGGAAUUAAUUCACCAAACGGACCCUGACCUCAAAGCCCCAAGCUGUGGGAAUGGUUGUGAUUGAUCAGGAACUCAGCUUCAGCUCAGAAAUCCAACGUAUACAAGUGUUAUAAAUGAAACAAAGAAUAACCCGGAACAUGGUGCUAGAACAGCAUAAUCUACAAUACAUGACGACAGAGCCUGUCUAAGAGGUGAUACCAGUUUUGAUCAGUUUUACAUUUUUUUUUAAUUGGUCAUUAAAUCCAACAUUUUAUUACUGAGAUCUUGAAAUUCCACUUGAAUCCAUGUAAAUGUUAGAACUUUGUGUUAGCCUUUCUGAAAAUGCAUUUAUUUCAGUAUAAAUAUGAAUUCGAACAGUGUUUUUAAAAAUUGCCUUAGGUUUGGCUGAUUGUGUGUGGUCAACAAAUAUUAGAAGUGGUUUUGUUUUUAUUAUUAUUAUUAUUAUUAUUAUUAUUAUUAUUAAUAUUGCAGGCAGUACUCUAUAGAUAGAAAGCGUUUUAUAAAUGGCAGGCUAACACAAAUAGACAUGUAAAGUUGAACUGGAGAGACAAAGUAUCCUGGAACAGAUCUAGACUUCAGUGUGCAAAGAUGAGGGCCAACAGGACUGUUUACCUCUGUAAUGGUGAUUUUGGGGUGCUUGCAUUCAGAACCUUGACUGCCUCUUUUCUUCUUCAUCGAUUUUCAAGCCUUUCUUUUUGACGACGCUUAGCUCCUCUCAGACACCAAGCCAGUCACCUUUUUCGAAAGUAAAUGAUUUGCAAAGUAUCCUGAGUUAUAUGUCUUGUGCUUAAUCAGAAUUUCAAUCUUGUCGUAAUUAUGCUUGUUCUUUUAUUGCUGAAUCAAGUUUCCGAAUGAAGCAGCACAAGUGCUGCCAUUUUAGCUUGAAAUAUUUUACGAUAUUUUUGGAAGCUGGUGUUUAGCAGUAACUGUCUUUCAGAUUUUUAUCCUGUCACUGCUUAACUAUUCAUAAACAUGUUCCAAUAAUUACAAUAAAUCUUUUUCUGAAAAUGG